AUGUCUUCUACCGACAGCAAGAUCGAGAGCGCUGUCCCUCGCGGCCACCCAUUCCCUCCCUGCACGAUGUCCACUCGCGAGAUCGCUACAUACUUCCCGCACCACACCACCUACCCAGAGAUCAUGUUCCGCUACCAUCGAAACGGCUGGAACCUCGCCCAAAUCGCCAAAGCGCAACUGAUCGCACGCGACGCGUACGAUCAAGACACCUUCACCAAGCGCGCCCAGUCCAUGCGCCAACAAAUUGGCACCGCCGGCAACGAGAAGUACGGCAUUCACAACUUCUCCGCCUCGGACGUGCAGUGGCGCGGCCAUCCCGAUUUCCAACCGUUCACGAACCAGGGCAGCGCCGCCGCGAAUCAGGCGCUGUACGACAUCUCGCGCGCCAACCCACCAGUCCUGCCACCCAGUAGCGUGCGCCCUCUUCCCACCGCAACACUUGCGCAAGUCGCGCAUGGUGUAGUCGAGCACCCGAGUGGUGAGGAUGCUGGACCUUUCACCGCGGCCAUCCGGUGGGCUCUUUAUCAUGGUGUGGCCGACCAGUACACCACGGACGAUGUGUUGAGCAUCGUGAAUAACCCUGUCAACCACUGCGCACCGCCGAGUGCUCCGGGCCAGAGGUUGAAUGUUCUUCCUGCUGGUGCUUCGACGCAUCGGUGGGAUCAGGACUGUCGUGAUCGAGUGCAGGCUGUUGCGAGGCCGUGGUAG